AUGUGUAAUACUGCGUGGGUUUUUAAUGUACUCGCAGUUAAUUUAAUAUUUCUUUCGUUAUUUCAACAAAUUCGUGCCGAUUUAGAUUUAAGACGCAUAAAAAACACGCAAAUAGUUUAUCCCAGAGUGGUGGAGAAAACCGUUCGAAAACGACGAGAUGUUCACAGAAAUAUGUACUACGAGGAAUCCGAUAAUAUUAAAAUUGUUGAAGUAGCAGGUUUGAAUAUUCAGCUUGAUUCGGAAUCCGAAGCCAGUUUUCUUGUUGCUCCCGGCAUCAAAACUGAGUGGAUCGGUUACGACGGAACCAGGAAUUUGAGGGAAACCAAGAAAUGCGAUUACCACUCAGGGGUGGUUCAAGGAACGGAAAGGAUUUCCAGAGCUGCUGUGACUUUGUGCGGGCCCUCCGUAACGGCGUAUUUUAAUAUUGACGGUGUGCCUCACUUUGUACAGCCUUUAAAUGAAACUACAGGGGUUCAUGUACUUUACAACAGUAAGAACAAUCUCAGCAGAGUGAAGCGAUCCCAGUAUAAUGACAUAUAUUAUACGGAGGAGGUUUCAACAGCGCCUCAGUGGUUGUACAAUCUGACAGGAGAUACAAUAGAUAUCGAUGACAAUGCGGGAGACGAACUAGAACAAGUAUUCGACGAAGACAUAUCAAGUAGUAAUGGGGGAGAACACGAUAUGAACGUAACCGGAGGCAACUCAUCUCCAGCUGAAAUCCCCGUUCCAUUUUCAGAACGCGUGAACCACCGUGAGCAAUUAGAUUACGAGGAAAAUGGUUAUUUCUACGACACGGCUUGGACAGCAGACACGGUGCAAACUCGACAACGAGGUAGUUCAAUAUUGUCCACCCGUUGGUUGGAAAUUGCAAUAGCAGUGGACCAUACUCUCAUCUCGUUUCACGGCAGGAACAAAGUGGAACAAUAUGUACUUGCUCUGAUGAAUAUUGUAAGUGCAAUUUAUCAAGAUCCAUCUUUGGAGGCUAAUAUGAAACUGGUGGUAACUCGUUUACUGAUGUACGAGCAUACAAAACAUGGCGUCGUAAGGCCUGGUAACGCUAAGAAAUCUCUGGAGAACGUGAAUGCUUGGAAUAGGCGCUUACACAGCUCGUUAGGUGCCGGAGAAUUACCCCAUGACUUGGCGGUGUGGCUGACCAGAUCAGACAUUGGGGGACCGUCUGGUUAUGCUCCAGUUGCAGGGGUGUGUGAUCCCAAAAGAAGUUGUGCCCUUAAUAGGGACGAAGGUCUCACUAGUGCUUUUAUAAUAGCACAUGAGACGGCACACAUUUUAGGUUUAAGUCAUGACGGAGAUAAGAAGAAUGGGAAUGACUGCAACGUAGAGGCGUUGGAGGGAAGUGUAAUGGCUCCGAUGGUGUCGGCAACUUUCAGCAAAUUCUACUGGUCUCAGUGUUCCAAGCGAGAGUUUAGGAAAAACGUUGGCAAAUGGAUUUGUCUACUGAAUUCGCCGAGCGGACUGGGAGAUAUAGUAUUAAAUGCCACCCUUCAGACCUCCUUCACCAUGGACGAACAAUGUAGGAUGGAGUUCGGCAAUGGGUAUACAAUGUGUCGGGCAUUUGAAAUUGUGGAUCCAUGUUCGCAUUUAUGGUGUGGUCAUGAAAGGGCACCUCUAGUUUGCAAAACUAAAAAAGGUCCCCCAUUGGAAGGUACCGAAUGUGGAUUUAGUAAGUGGUGCGUAAACGGUUACUGUGAGGAAGUGGGAAACAGACGAUUGGACAGAGUGCCCGUGGUGCUGAAUCCACAAGAUGGAGGCUGGGGCGACUGGACUCCCUGGGGACCAUGCUCAAGGACCUGUGGGAUAGGAGUUCAGUUUAAAUCCAGAAAAUGUAACAAUCCACCACCAACCUACGGCGGAAAAAAUUGUAUUGGCGACUCGGAAAUAUUUCAGAUUUGUAAUGAAUUUGAAUGCCCGCAACCACCGGUAGAUAUGAGAGCACAACAAUGUAAGCAGUUACCCAAACUUUUUAAUUUGGAAGGGACAAAUGAAGGCAAUUACACUUGGCUCCCAUAUGAAAGUGACGAAUUUGACAAAAAAUGUAAAUUUAUUUGUAUUAGCGCAGAAAGAAAGGAAUUAUUUGUCACAGACGAAAAUUUAAUAGAUGGGACUCCCUGCUCGUAUGAAGAUCCUGACAAUAUUUGCGUCCAGGGAAAAUGUGAAAUAGUUGGAUGCGACGGGAAGCUAAACUCAAAACUUGUUAGAGACAAAUGCGGAAUAUGUCAAGGAAAUAACACGGAAUGUAGCGAAAUCAAGUUGUCUGCCGAAAAAAAGUUAAAAAGAGAAGUCAGUAGGGUUUCAAUCCUACCGAGAAUGGCGAGGGAAAUAAAAGUGGAAAUCAAUGUAACGGUCUAUCAUUCUCAACAUCCAUCUGUUGCUAUUAUACUCAAAAAUCGACGUAAAAGGAAAUACACCGUUACAAUACCGAAUACUGUUAUCCAUAAAAAAAUCGCGGAGGGUACAAAAUUUUUAUACAGGAAAUACAAUAAUAAUCAUAGUAUUUGGGCGAAGGGACCGCUUCAUGCUGAAAUUAUUAUUUUGAUGGUGGUUCCAGUUAGAGAAAUAAAGUCCGGAAUGAACAUAUCUGCCACCACUGAAUACUCUAUAGAUAAAAACUUCUUAACUCCCUCGAAGCGGUUUGUCUGGAUCAUGGGUGGAUGGGGACCUUGCACUGCUACGUGUGGAGGGGGACAACGGCAGAAAACAACGGCAUGCUGGGAUAAUAAAUAUAAUAAAGUAGUUAAGAGAACUUACUGCUCCCUUCUCUUGAAACCAAAACUCAGUUCUGAAAGAUGUAAUACCUUUGGGUGCAAUUUUCAAUGGAUUGCGGGAGAAUGGGAACCAUGUACAAAAUCUUGUGGUACCAUUGGCAUGCAAAGCAGAGAACUUUACUGUGUUCCGAGUUCGGUACUAAAUGAAGCACUCUUUAAAUAUAAUGGUGUUGUUACAAAUCCAUGGCUGAAUAUGGUGAAUCCUAAAAAAUGUCCUGGUAUAAAACCACCACCGCAAAGGCCUUGUAACAGGAUACCUUGUCCUUCAUAUUGGACAUUUGGGGAAUGGAGUGAGUGUUCAGCUUCAUGUGGUUCUGGUUUCCAAAUUAGAUCCUCUCAUUGUCUUCCACCGGGGGACGAGAAUUUUUACACUUGUGGUGAUGCUCCUCCUCUUCAAAAGCGUGUCUGCUACGGAAACUAUACAAAACAUACAAGCCCGCUAUGCAGAGGAAGAAAGACGAAAAUAUGUAAUGAGGAUCAGUCCGAAUACUGUACUUUUGGUCUACUUCAUAAGUAUUGUAAAAUCAACGGAUUCAGAAAACUUUGCUGUAAGACGUGUGCACAGUAUUAUACAAUAAAUGCGAAUGAUCCUCAAAGCAACAGUUUGCAUGCUAACUCUAAUAAUCUGUAUCUGUCUACUUAAAACAUACGUAGGGUUUGAGUUCACAUAUAUUCAAAUAUUAACAAAUGUACAUGAAUUUUUGAGUAUGGUGUUAUAAUCUUGUUUAUAUUUUAAAACCCAUAUUGAAAUAUUGUUUUUUAGUUUAGUUUUGUACACAAUAGC